AUGACUUGGAGCGUCGUGAACGACGGGGACGGGCUGCCGAGGAUCAUACUUACGGAGCCCGGCGGGUCGUCAGCUGAGGUUCUUUCUCGCUCCUAAUUCUCAGUUGUGUGCGACGCGCUGUUUUUCCUUCUUGCUCCGUAAAAUCGGCCGCCCGAAGUGUUGUUUUUCUUCUUUUCUGCGCAAGCUCUAGGAGGUGGAGGCUCAUCUGUGUGAUUCUUUUUUCUUCCGUUUUCGAUACACUGAAUCUUUUUACACUCGUUAUCAUUUCUUUUACGCGGGCGGGGAAGGGGUUUCAGGUCGUUUAAAUUCGUCGGAACACGAUGGAGCGUGGGAUGGAUCGAUUCAUCCUUCCCUACUCUGCAUCGAUGUGAAUUUGAAUUCCUGCAUGUUUUGGGCAGUUGGCUCUAUAUUAUCCAUAUUAUCAUCUUUUGUCGGAUGAUCUCAGGCAAUUCUUGUCUGCGACCUGAAUUUUGUUGGCCUUCUGAAUCUUUCCGUUGCUACUUCUCUCAGCAGUAUGAUCCACUAUUUGAAAUGCGUCCCAGUUUCAAAGAACUAGCUAGGGAUAUUAUAUGAAUGGUCCUUGUGGAAUCUCAAAGGAACCACUAGAUAAUUUCUUAAUUUAUUUUGAUAUCUAGGCAUGAAUUCUUGGAUAAGAUUUUAUUUUCUCUUAUCCAUUAAUUACGUGAAUCAUGGUAGUAUCUUCAGAGGGGCUUGUGGUUCCCUGAUACCUUGUCUAGAGGAUUGGCGUGCCCCUUCUUGAGUGGUCAUGGCAUCAUGGCUGUGAGAAGAGUUUUUCAGCCUUCAGGUUGAAACAUGCUGAGAUGAACCAAAGCCCCUGAAUGUUUGGGGAUCUGUGGAACUGGAUCCCAUGAGUGAUCAUCAAGCACAGAGCUUGAAAAAUUCCCGUCUUUAAUUAGGAUUAUUUCCAAAAGGCCUUACUCCACAUAUUACGCCAGUUUCCAUGUAGAAAUUUCAGUCUUAUCAUAUUCCCCAGGAGUUUUUUGGAAGGAUGUGAUUUUUGAAAAAGUGCUUCUAUGUUAUUUCCGCCGUCUGGUUGGCAACAUAUUGUUUGCAGGAGGCUUAUUGAUAUGCUAUCAAAUUGGUCUCUAGUUUUUCUAAUCCUGCUCGUCUAAUUGCAGGUUUUUAUCUUGAUUAAUAUGGGUGCUAUAACCUCAAUACCCACUUUUGAAAUGGAAUAUUGAGAAGAGCUUGUUACUGUGAAUAGAUGUAGCUUCUAAUUGUUUUUCAAUAUCUUCAGGUCCUCUUGUACGGUGGUCAGAUAAUCUCAUGGAAAAAUGACAGACGAGAGGAGUUACUUUUUAUGAGCAGCAAGGUAGAACGUGAUUAUGAUAUUAUUUUAAUGAAUAAUUAUCAGCGAAUUUAGGAUAAUGUUUCUGAGGCUUUGUUGGUUCAUUCGGUGUUAUCUUAUUUCCUUGGAAAUAACUGGUGUUAACGUCUUACUAUUUUUAAAGGCCGUAAGUACAAUUGGAAAUCAUAGUUCUAUGACUACAAGAGCAGAACACAUCUAAUUUUUAUUGUUGCUGGUCAAGUCUUCUGGUAUAGUGUGGCGGUUUCAAAGCUAUACUUAUUUUCUCAAUAUUUUUUGUUUUCAUGGCUAGUUUUCUGUAUCCUCAUUUUUUUUGUGUUUUCCAAUCACUAGACUGGGAUUAAAUGCGUGAUUAAUAAUGUAUUGUCAUUUAUUAGAAAGAUAAUCUUCGUUACUUGUAAGAAAAUUUAUGCACACUACUUCUUUACCAUCCUAUUAGUACAGUAUCCUUUUGGAUACAAGAGUACCUCCUCUCUCUCUCUCUCUCAGCCAUCUUCUCACUACUGUCUAUAUGCAGCGUAGGUUGAGUCACGUCCAAGUGGACUUAUCCAGGAAUAUAUCAGUGCUUCUUUUACAAAUCAUCAUAGCUUCAAAUGAAAAGGCACUUUCAAGACUGAAAUCAAUAAUCUGUGUCUUAAUUUUGUGUUAUUUUUUCAAUAUACAAAGCGUCAAAAUCACCAUAGCUUUUACAAAUCACCAUAGCUUCAUAUUUUUUUUAAUAAAUUAUGAGAAAUACGGUGAAAGACACUCAUCUCAUGCCUCCAAUGUACACACCGAAUCCCUCGGAUAUUCGGACAUCUAGGAUCGCAUAAAUUUUGGUGGGUUUGCUAAUUCUGGUCAUUGCUCUGUAUUAAUUUCUUCUUGAUGAUCCAUCAUACCAAUGGGUAAUGCUAGUUAGAGUUUUCUUGUCUGGUGCAUAUCAUCUAAUGGAUGCCAUAGUUUCAGGCUGUUCUGAAACCGCCUAAUUCCAUCAGAGGGGGGAUCCCUAUCUGCUUUCCCCAGGUUGGGUUCCCAAUGCUUGCCAUGACUUUCUGCAUAUAUAAUAACCGCAGUGUGUAACUUUACUAUCACGUAUUGUUGCAGUUUGGCAACUUUGGGUUUCUCGAGCAGCAUGGAUUUGCAAGGAAUAGGUUGUGGGCGUUAGAUAGCUGCCCUUCUCCAUUGCCUCCUUCUAGAAGCAAUUCCUCGGUUGACCUUAUUCUAAAGUCAACCGAGGAGGACCUAAAGACUUGGCCUCGCAGGUACGCCUAAGACGACUCUGAGUCUGUUACCAAACUGAGACGUGGCGGGAGCUCCCUGUCGACGACAAGAUCCACCUCACACUCGAUGAUCUCUGCAGCUUUGAGUUGCGGCUUCGUAUUAUAUUAGCUCCUGGAAAGCUGACCUUAAUCCCUCGUGUGAGGAACACCGACACUAGAGCCUUUUCCUUCACAUUUGCGAUGAGAAAUUAUCUAUCAGUCUCAGAUGUCAGGUAAAAAUCUCCACACUUGUACCAUGAAGUAGCCAUUCUUUUCACAACUCUUCUGCCGCGGAGUUCUUGCCAAAAGGAAUUUCUUGAUGCGAUUUCAUCUGCAGCGAAGUCCGUGUGGAAGGACUGGAGACGCUGGAUUACUUCGAUAAUCUGAUGAAGAGGGAGAGAUUCACCGAACAAGCCGACGCCAUCACCUUCGAUGGCGAGGUACGAUUUCUUAUUGGAAUAUGCAUGAAUGAACAUGGUCGAAUAAUUAGAAUCAGAGGGAGGAAAAUUCUCACUUGGGCAUAAAUGUUAUAUUUUCUAUAAGUCAACGGUUCCUGAUUGGUCAACUCCUGGCUCAACAGGUUGAUCGGGUGUACCUCAGCACCCCAUCAAAGAUCGCCAUCAUAGACCAUGAGAAGAAGAGGACCUUGGUGCUGAGGAAAGGUGGCCUCCUCGAUGCAGGUUUGAGCUAGAAAACCUCUCCCCCUUGACGCUGAUUUCCAUAGUUUCACACAAGAAAAGACUAGAAAAAGAAAAAUCUGACACCCUUCGCCGGGCAGUGGUGUGGAACCCAUGGGACAGGAAGGCCAAGGCUCUGCCAGACUUCGGGGACGAUGACUACAAGUCCAUGCUCUGUGUCGACUCUGCCGCCAUCGAGACCCCGAUCCUCCUCAAAUCCUUUGAGGAGUGGAAGGGCUGGCAGGAGCUCUCCACCGUCUCCUCCAGCUACUGCAGUGGGCAGCUCGAUCCUUGCAAGGUUCUGUAUGGCUGA